AUGAGUUCUUUUCUUCAUCUAACUAGUUCCAAUGAUAGCACACUGUCUGCUGGUUCUAUCGAAAAGUCUAGCCUUUGCAGUAAUUCGUAUACAGAUCGAAUUUCAAGCAGUGCAAAUUGGUCAUCUGAAACCGAUAUUGUUUGUGGGAAUAGUAUAUGCAGUAGCGAUGGUGGAGGCGAGGAGGAAUUUUCAGAUAUCGGUCGUUGUGAUGUUCACCAAGGGCUGAAUUCAUUUAGGGAGGACCAGCUAUUGACGGAUAUAGGAAAGGUCCUACGUAGCGUCGCCCAAGGAAAGGCUUUGCCCGCUGAGAUAUACAUGUGGAUAUCGGGCGCUGAGCAUUCGGCUGGCGAAAAGGUUAAUAUGCGCAAAGGGCUGGAGGCUGUGUGCAUUUUAGACAUCGUUUACCAGCUCCUAAGAACCGGGCAGAUAGCAUACCAGCGAGACAUAUACUAUCGAGACAUCGCUCUUUUCAAAAGCACAGCCAAUGUCCGGGUCCUGUGCAACAAAAUUGCACUAUACUUCAAUGUAUCUCCAGCACGACUCAAUAUUAUUCCUUGCCCAACAGGACUGAUAUACGGAAAUGUCUCAGUUGAGCUUGGCGACGGAAACACGAUCGACUACUCUACCUGCAGCAAGCUACCUGUUCCUCACGUCCGAUUCAUUGUAAGUAUAUCAGCUAUUGGAUAUUGAAGUUGCUGAGGAUAUCUAACCCCUUGUGCAUCCGCUAGCAUCACAUCAGGUUUCUACACAAGAUAAAGUGCAUCGUCGUUGUUGAAAAGGAGGUACGUGAAACACAAGAUGCCAAUCAAGUAGACAAG